AGUGGUAAAUCAUUCCCACCUGCUCACUCCUCCCUCCCUCUGUGCAAAACCAACCUGCCUUCACAAACGGACACAGAAAACAGAAGGCACGCACAAACCUUACAGUCCUGAUCUGUGUUGACACUCUGAUUCUACCUGCUACAGUUAACUGGAGGUCUCACAUCCACUCUAAAAGAUGGGUUGCUUUGGAUUUUUGAAAGGAAUGAUGGUUUUCUUUAAUGGGAUCAUUUUUCUGGCGGGAGCGGCUGUUUUGGGCGUGGGAAUCUGGGUGAAGGUGGACAGUGGAUCCAUCUUGAAUUUUCUGCAGAACGUAGAGCAAGCACCAAGUGAGCUGGGUCAGCUUCUCAACGUGGGCUACCUUCUGAUCGCAGUGGGUGCCGUGCUCCUCAUCCUGGGCUUCCUGGGCUGCUGUGGAGCUAUUCGAGAGAGCAGGUGUAUGUUGCUGUUGUUCUUUGUCAUUAUUUUGAUCGUCUUUAUUGCUGAAGUCGCUGGAGCCAUCGUUCUUCUUGUCUUUAAACCUCUGGCAGCGGACCUGAUAAAUCAGGUUGGAUCUAAAGCUGUGAAAAGCAUCAAAGAAGAUUAUGGGAAAAAUAAGGACCUCACAGGACUGUGGAACACAACCAUGUCUACGCUGAAGUGCUGUGGAUUCUACAACUUCUCAGAUUUCACAGAUUCUCCUUUUCAAAUGGAAACGGAUACUUAUCCGCCUCAGUGCUGUAGUAACACUCCCUGCACAUUUGUAAACUCGAAUGUUACAGGAUGUUUACCAGCACUGAUGAAGCUGGUGGAUGAAAACACUGUCGUUAUUAUAGGUGUCGCGCUGGGCAUCGCGGCUCUUGAGCUUGCGGCGAUGAUUGUGUCCAUGACGCUCUAUUGCAAGAUAGGAUCAAAACGGGAUUAAUGUCACACCAAUAUCUCACCAAUGACUCCUUGGCUUCAUUGAGGACGAGGACGGAUUUCUGAUCACCUCCAUACGUUUAAUGUACAGCACUGUGACACAAUAUAACCUCGAACCAAAAUAAAUGUACCUUUUUGUAAUUCGCUCUUAAUGGAGCAUUUAUCGAUUGGCUUAAAUGUUCAAGUUAAUUCAGAGAGUUGCAAAAAUGUUUGAGUUUUGACUGAGGUCUCAUUUUUACUGGAAUAAUGCAAAACGUUUAGCAUUAAAUGUUGACUUAUUUGCUUAACUAAUGAUUCUGUGAGACUGUUUAUGUAUAUUUUUAAAGCUUUGCCUAUAUGAAGAAUGCGCUUUAUUUAAAAAUGAAAUUCUUGUUCUGUUUAAUCGCCAGAAGCAAGGUACUGAUCUGUAAUCAUGAACACAUUUAGUUUUUGCCUGCUUCCUUUUAUGUGAAAUGGAGUGACCAAAAGGCCAAAUGUUUUCUUACAAAUGUUACUGAUCGAUUGUAAUUUAUUGUACACUUUUUACAAACCAAAGCUAUUUCAAAUAACGUGCCUUUGCAAUAAAGCACAACGUUGUGUCUUUUCAA